AUGUAUGUGAUGAUGUAUUUCUUUUCAGCAGCUUCCGUGAUGCUCACCAUCUUAGGAAACUUGCUGGUGGUCAUUUCUGUCUCUCAUUUCAGGCAGCUUCACACACCAAGCAACCUCAUUGUACUUUCACUUGCAGCUGCAGAUUUUUUGGUUGGCAUUUUUUUGAUGCCUUUCAUGAUAAUUCAAAUCAUAGAAGGAUGCUGGUAUUUUGGGAACACAUUCUGCUAUUUUCAUGCUUUAUUUAGCUUUUUACUGACCUCAGUUUCUAUUAGUAACUUGGUAUUUAUAGCUAUUGAUCGCUAUGUUGCUGUGUGUGAUCCUUUGCUUUAUUCUACUAAAAUUACAAUUCCUAUGGUACAGAUAAGUAUUACAGCUAGUUGGUUAUUAUCUAUAUUAUGCACUUGGGCAAUUAUGUAUUUCAAGGGAUGUUAUUUUACAUUUGAUAUUGCUUCUGUUUGUCUUGGCGAAUGUGUAAGAUUGUAUAAUGACAUAUUGGGGCUAGUGGAUCUCUGUAUAGCUUUUAUUCUUCCGUGUACUGUAAUGGUAAGUCUUUAUACAAAAAUUUUCAUGGUUGCUAGGAGGCAUUUAAAAAUAAUUAAUCUGGUAAAACAGCCGACAUUGAAAAUAGAAGAAAGCCGAAAGAAAAUACCUAAAAAAUCUGAAAGAAAAGCUGCAAAAACAUUAGGAAUUGUCAUAUUUGUUUUCCUUUUUUGCUGGGUUCCUUUCUAUCUGUGUUCUGUUAUUAAUACAUACACUGACUUGGCUGUAUCUAAUGUUAUUAUAAAUUUUUUCGCAUGGCUAAUGUAUUUUAACUCUGGUAUGAAUCCAAUAAUCUAUGCUUUAUUUUAUCCUUGGUUUCAGAAAUCCAUUAAACUUAUUGUGACAUUAAAAAUAUGCAGUCGUGAAUCCUCAAUGGUUAACUUAUUCUCAAUAAACCGUUAG